UAGCAGCCUAAAAUUGUGUUCCGUUCCGACUAUUCUUCCAAAAAUCGACCCAUUUUUGAAUAUUGUGACCUAUUAAACCAUUGCUGAAACUUAAGAGAUUGCGUGAUCCAACUUUAAAGGUAAAUUCCAAAUCCACGUUUACUGUGAAAACAGAUCUCUUUGCUAGAAAACGUGCCUUUACAUCUUAAUCACGCUCUAACAUCAUACUAUGGAUUUAAUCCACAUUCCUUUACACAGCUUAUGCGGUAAUGAUGAUUCACUUAUCUCUCUAGAUAACUGUCAAGGUGAAAGACGUAUUUAAUAGCUAGUUAGGCUAAUUCAUGACACACGUGGCUAAUAAAUCAACAUUGUAAUGGCUUGUUUUUUUUUACGUGCUGAGAAAACGGGCGGCAUGGGCCAUUUGAAGAAAGCUGGGGUGCUGAAGCGUCGUUUUUUUCGGAGUCAGAGGGUUUUAAUGGCAUACCUGUAGGCUAUGGAAUUUGUCAAUCGAGGCUAUUUACACGAAACUCUAAAAUCUUUAAAGAAACAAAUCUUUCAAAAUCGGCAUAAAGCAGGCUUCGUGAUUUUGGCUUAUGCAAAUGACUAAAAGUCGAAAAACCAGAUUUCCCCCCAAUAGCCUCAACUUGCCAGGCGACGAAUAGGGGUCGGCGACGCACGUGAUACUUGUUUUUUCAGUAAACCUUCGGGACUCCUACCUGUCCUUCUUUCACCCGUCCAGGAUGAUCCCUGUGACUGAGUUCCGGAACUUUGCCUCGGGACAGCACCCUGAGUUCCGUGUUCUAAAGCCAUGGUGGGAUGUGUUCUCAGAAUACCUCUGUGUGGCCAUGCUCAUGAUUGGUGUGUUUGGGUGCACGCUACAACUUACCCAGGAGAAGAUAUCAUGCCUUCCCAGUCAUUUCUCCAGCCCCACCCCAGAGGCCAUUGACUGCAGCCACAUUCGCAGCCACAGGGAGAAUGAGACUUGGGAGCACCAUACCUUCGUCAAGCCCAUCAGCCCUAUCAUCCAGGAGGUGUUCGGACGUAAAAACGACCUCGAUAUCCACCAGUACAUAUUUGUCAACCACUACUGUUACGAGCGGGCGGUGCACUGGUAUGGCAAAUAUUUCCCCUACCUGGUCGUAAUCCACACCGUUGUCUUCAUGGUGGCCAGCAGCUUCUGGUUCAAGUUCCCCGGGACGUCGUCGAAAAUUGAACUCUUCGUCAGCAUCCUGGGGAAGUGUUUUGACUCGCCCUGGACCACUCGGGCACUCAGUGAGGUGUCGGAGGAGCGCGGCGAGGAAAAGAUGGUGAUAUGGAGGAAGACAACCAUGUCAAAGUCAACGGCAUCAGCAUUCGCUACCUCGCCAGAAGGCGGACCUGGAGUAGAGGAGGAGACUGUGGGACUUCUCCGGCAGUCGUCCGUCAAGUCAAAUCCAGACAAGAAGAACCUGGAACCGCAACCAGCAGCCUCACUCCUGGACAAGAAAGAAGGAGAGCAGGCUAAAGCACUAUUUGAGAAGGUGAAAAAGUUCCGAACACACGUAGAGGAGUCCGAUCUUCUCUACCUGAUGUAUGUUCUCCAGACCUCCCUCAAGGUCUUCCAGUUUGUCCUCAUCACCUGCUACAGUGUUGCGUUGGUGCCCAACAUUGAGAUUGUGGUUCGUUGCUUUGUUCCUCCGGAGCUCACAGGCUUUGACAUCUACUGCUGUAACCACAACAAAGCCCACCUCUUUUCCAAACUGUGCUACUGUUACAUUUGCUUUGUCGGAGUCUAUGGGCUCCUGUGCAUCUACACUCUCUACUGGCUCUUCCACCGGCCCCUAAAGGAGUACUCUUUUGAGCAUGUGCGCCUGGAGACAGGCAUAAAUGACAUCCCAGAUGUCAAGAAUGAUUUUGCAUUUCUCCUGCACCUCAGUAACCAGUACGACGCUCUCUAUUCCAAACGCUUUGCCGUCUUUCUGUCUGAAGUCAGUGAGAGUUGUCUCAAACAAGUCAACCUUAACCACGAAUGGACCGCCAAGAAACUUAGAUCCAAACUCACCAGGAAUGCUGACAACCGCCAAGAACUUCAUCUCUUCAUGCUUCCUGGUCUCCCAGACACAGUCUUUGAAAUCCCAGAAGUAGAGUCUUUGAAACUGGAGCUUCUGACCAAUGUGACCAUUUCCUCCAGUGUGGUACAGCUAGCUUCUCUCCAAGAGCUGUCCCUCAUCCACUGUCCCGCCAAGCUUCAGCUCGCCGCUCUGUCCCACUUUAGAGAGAAGCUCAAGGUGCUCAGGCUUGCUUUUCAGGGCCUUGAACAGGUGCCUAUGUGGAUGUACACUCUGCAGAAUCUCGAGGAGCUCCACCUGAGUGGCCCGUUGGCUCAAGAACUCUCCCGCAGUGCCACCUUAGACUCCCUGCGUGAGCUGAAGGAGCUACGAGUCCUCACCCUUCGCAGCCGUCUAACCAAGAUCCCGCCAAGUGUUGGCGAUGUGGCGGUCCACCUUCAGCGCCUCUGCAUCUACAACGAGGGUCUCAAACUCCAAGCCUUCAGCGUCCUGAAGAAACUAUCCAACCUGGCUUCUUUGGAGCUGACUGGGUGCCAGCUGGAGAGAAUCCCCAGUGCUGUCUUCAGCCUGUCCGGCCUGCAGGAGCUGGACCUGAGAGAAAACAAGCUGACGACCGUGGAAGAGAUCUUGAGUCUGCAGCACUGCCGGCGCCUGGUGAUCCUUCGUCUGUGGCACAAUAGCAUUAGCUACAUCCCGGAGCACAUCUCCAAGCUCAAGUCCUUGGAAACGCUGGACAUCAGCUGGAACAAGCUAUGGAAACUUCCAUCACGCCUCUUCUACUGUACCAAGCUUCGUCACCUGGACUUGUCCCACAACCAGCUUGCGUCGUUGCCCUCGGAAGUGGGGAUCCUCCAGAGUCUACAGUUCUUCUCUGCAGCAUUUAACUGUCUCGAACAGCUGCCAGAGGAGCUGUUCUCCUGCAAGAGACUUAAGACUCUGGCGCUGGGCAACAACUGCCUGCUCUCGCUUAGCCCCAAGGUGGGUAACUUGGCCCAGCUAGUGCGCCUGGAGCUUAAGGGGAACCGGUUAGAGUCUCUUCCCCCAGAGAUUGGGGACUGUCCCUUGUUGAAGACCAGUGGUUUGGUCGUAGAGGACAGUCUGCUGGAUCUACUACCGUCAGAUGUACAGAGUAGGAUGAAAGACACAGUGCACUGAUGACAGCUGAGCGACAGGAGGUUUAGUGACACUAAAUUGGACAGACCUGUCAGCCCUGUGGAAAUUGAUCGGGCCACUGGAAAUUGAUCGGGCCACUGGAAAUUGAUCGGGCCACUGGAAAUUGAUCGGGCCACUGGAAAUUGAUCGGGCCACUGGAAAUUGAUCAGUCCACUGGUUGGGUCCAAAUUAAGAAAGUAUAACAAGUCUUCAAGCUACGAAGGAACUAUGUACAUGGCGUAGUAUUUUUCCCUAAAAUUCACUAAUCAAUACAAUCAUUAUCAACUGCAAUGUACAUGUAUUUUGGUCAAAUCACAUUUACUUAUUGUCUUAACUUUUCAAAAUAUUUUUAAAUAUAAAAUUGGCUUGGUUUUUGCUCAUAGCAGCACUGUGAAAUUUAGGAAAUUUUUAUAGACAGGUGUGUGCCCUUCUAAGUCAUAUCCAGUCAAUUGAAUUUGUCACAAUUGGACUACAAUUAAGUUCUAUAAACAUAUAUUUGAUUAUAAAUUGUGUUCUGUAUAACAGAACCGACUACUUUCUGAAACGUCUGCAUGUAUUUCCGUCAUAUGUUAAUCCAUACCUUUUUCAAACCAAAUGUCUUGCCUGGGGGUUGAACAUAGUUUCUAAUGAAUGCUGCCUCACGGAAUGUGAGGUUUGCAGAACUAGCAAAGUAAGUUUGAUACUGUUCUUGUUAGACACACUAGAAAGAAAAGAGGGUUUCAGGGCUGUUGGAGUCUGUUUCAAGAAACUCUGAAGAAAACCACACGUGUCCGUUUUAAAGCUGCAACCUCACUGCUUUACCGUUCACUCCAAGUGAAUGUCACUAUUUUCUAUUACUAUAUGGUAAGUGAAAUCCUUGCUUAUUAGAAUCAUAGUACAAAGUUGUCUUUUUAGGAUAGCCCCACAGUAAUAAAUGCGGUUGGUUCCUUUGUUGUAAACAUUUGCAUUUUUUCUAUGUCAAGGGAUGGUUAACCUUACGAGAGAGAAUAAAACGCUACAUAGACUUCUCUACGUAGACUUUGCCUAACCAUUUACAGAGCAUUUGAAUUUAUGCCGGUGUGUUUCGAGACAUACCACGCAGGAUUGUGACCUUCAGUCGUGGGAAAAUCAAGCACUAUGCUUGAGCACUGCACAGAAACUUGAUACAGUUAUGACAGAAUUGUCUUCACACUUGUUAAAACUCAGGGGAGUUCCGCCGGGAAUGGCAAGCUCGCUACCUCAGAAGAUGGUGUCUCCAGCUAUCGAUUUUAUGCAGUAGAGAAAUCAUACUUCUAAGAUCGAUAGAGAACUCCAGUUCCAUCCAGCCAGGUGGUCCUGUGAACAAGAAUGGGCAAACGCUGUAUCCAGUUCAACUGGUUUUUGUCAUCACAGAGCGCUCUCUCUCUCCCUGUCAUGGAAAUGUAAUGAAAAUGUUGACCUAGUGUGACCUAGAGACCUUUUAUUUAAUUAAUUAACUUAGCAACCCUUUGAAUGAAUGCUGGUCUUUGUGUUUCUAUUCAGCAGUCGAAACUAGAUGGAGUCCAAGUCAGCUACCCAUCAAGUAAUACUACUUCUGAUAGUGUAAUACAAAGCUAAACAUGUUGCUUUGCAACAUAGUACGAUAUGUUAAGUCAAUAUGAUGAAACUCGUGUCAGGACGCAAUUCCUUUGCAUCCUUGCACUACAUAGACACACCCAUGCCAGGCGUUUUUAUUCUUUGUUGUCAUCAACCUUGUUUUUAGCGCCACGGCAGCACAGUCAUUUAAUCCACGAAACCAGUGCUAAUGAUGAAUGUGACGAAAGUACAGUCCGCUUUUGUAAGGCGAGGUGCUUACAAACACGGCGAAGACUACAGUCUGCUUUUGCGUGAGGUCAUUGACCUUAUUGUUUACAGAUGCGAAUUUACUGGAGACACGCACCCCUACACUUACACCAGAGCUCUGCUGCUGUCGGUGUGUGUUUGUGUCUCCUAGUCCUGUCAUCCAUAUUGUGGCCUGUACCCACUCCGGCUUAGUGCAGUCUGGACUUCUGUAUACAUAAUUAAAGAUCAUAUUAACCAAGCCUGGGUAGUACACACACACACACAGGCCUGUCCUCACGCACUCCUCCUCACACACUCGUCACACACACACACUCGUCGCCACACACACUCCGCCUCACACGCUCCUCACACACUCCUCACAGAUGAGGCUGGUGCCCUUGUGCCCUCUCUCCCUUUCCC